GGAAGAAUGAGUGCCCCAACAGCAGAGGAGAGGAAAGCCUGUUGGGGAGCGAGGGAUAGAUACUGGCAGUGUCUCGAUGAGAGUGACAAGGAUUCUUCAGAAUGUCAGAAGUUAAGAGCAGUAUUUGAAGGCAGCUGCCCACAGCAAUGGAUCAAGUACUUUGACAAAAGAAGGGACUAUUUGAAAUACAAGGAGAAACUGCAAAGUGGAGGAUUUCAGCAACAGGAGAAUGUUACCAAACUGUAACCAUCUGCAGAAGAGGAGAGCAGGGACAGUCAGCUGUGGAGACAACGUCCCACUGUGAAGGACUCUCCACAGAAGCUGAAAUCAUUGAUAUGAAAUUGCAGGUGGUUCCUGAGGAGAACUAUGGUUGAGAGAUCAGCUACUGUUAAUGGUGACGGUGAUUCCCAAAAAUAAAAGUUACACCCAGUUUCAACAGUAGCCACACUUUGGAGAAGAGCAGUUACAGCUGUGGCGCAUAACCGUCGCUUGGGACUUAAGAUUUUCUCUCUUUAGAGUUUGUAAUGUAGUCACAAAUAUGGUUUGUAAUGAAUGUAUUGACUAUUUCACUACAAAUGGUAAGCGAAAGAUGCCCAAGGAGAAUGCUUUUGCACUGUUUCUUGGUGGAACAACACAGUGGCCAUUAUAAUGCUGUCACGUUGGCAUUAUCAGUUAUUGCCAGUCCAUUCAGCACUUUGGUCACAGUUUAGUUUAGUCAAGAUUGCACUGAGGAAAUUAUAUCUGACCCAGUUAAAUGAUCACUUCAGAUUUUGUCAUCUGCCCGUGCUCGAGCUGUGACCAGCUGGCUAUUAACUUGUUUCAAAAUGUGCUGUCCGAAUAUGAACCAGGUUUGGAAGAACACAGUUGAGAAUUAUGUGGGUAGAUAGUCAUGGUACAUCGAGCAUGUUGAGAAAGUUGGGCUUAAGGGCGUGCUGUUGACCCUGAUUACACUUUAAUGGAAAAUCAGAGAUCACUUAAUAAAUUAUUUUAAAAAUCAUACUGUCCAUUUAUAAAAUUAAAUUAUUUUUGUAAGACAGAAUUUUCUAGCAAAGGAUAGCAUGAUAUCAGAAAGUUGGCUGGUCCCAGGGUGGUCUCUCCAAACCUGAAUGCAGCACAGGGUAAAUGCUUCCCCCUGCUGGUGUACCAAUAUAUCAACCGGAUUCCCAUUAACUGCAAAUUGGACCCUAUUCAUCAUUUAAAUUAUUUAAAUGUACGUUACUGAAAUUUAAAAAAAAAGUUUAUCCUUUAACAAGUGCACAUUACUCUAAUAGGAAUCAUUUUUUAAAAAAUGUUUUUUGAGAAAUUUUGACUUCACAACUUGUCUCUUCAAAUAACCUUCAUUUAAGGUUUACAUGUGGCAGAAAAUAUUCAGCCAGCUUACCAGUUUGGAGAAAUAUUUAAAUGAUAAAAUUAAACAUAUAAGAAAAGUUAAUUAAAACAUGUUUUUGAGUCAAGAGCAUGUGUCAGCCAGCACUUUUAAAUGUCGCGUGAUUUUUAAACAGCUCCUCUCACUACCGUCACCAGUGACAGACUUGGCUCUUUCAAGUACAAACUAGCUGUGGAAGAAUAAAUCUGCUGGAUGUCUUCUUUCAUAGCUCAAGUGGGUGUUGUGCAAGAAAUGCAUAUAUACACACUCAUAUGGCUUAUCAAAAUCCUGCUGGCGAUACGGACUGUCCUAUCGUGGCCCCCAAAAAGUUACUGCUUUGAAACUGCUGCUGCCUGUAAAGAUCAUUUGGAAGAUAUGCAGGUACACCUUUUUAAUCAGUUCCAAUUUCUUAUGGAGUUAUAACAAUUUUACCAUUUCACUAGAAAUAGCACCUAGAGUAAAUUUUUGCUAUAUGUCACCGAUGCAACAUGACCAGAGGGAUUCUCCCAAUCUCCUCCCCCUCCUCACUCUGGGAUUGGCUGCAAUACAUGCCUUUCUCUGUGAUUUCCUGCAUUGUUUCCAUUUCUGUUUCUAUUUCAUGACUUUAAUUAAUGUAUUGGCAACAUCACCCCCAUCCUGCCCUAUUUAAUAGUUGUUGAAUAACGAAACUUGAAGUUAAUUAAUUUACUGGACUUCUUUAAAAAGAUCGAGACCGCUGAAUGUGGUCUGUUCCCAUUUAAUCCUUGGUGUGUAUUCAUAGAAAAUCAUAACUUGUAUCUUUCUGUGAUCAUGGUGGAGGUAUUUUGUGAGAUAAAUUCUAUGGUUUGUUCUCCGUA